GAGAAGAGCAGGAAAGGGCGGCGAGUCAGCAGCAAUCAUGGCCGAGGAAGAAGAGGAAAACUCGCAAGCUGGGCAGCGUUUGCAGGAAUUGGUUGACCAGUUAUAUCAUUUCCGAGAUCAUUAUUUUGAGAAUCACAGUGUGGAAGAUGCUGGAAAAAAACAACAGGAUGUUCGGGAAGAGAUGGAGAAGACUCUUCUAAAAAUGGAAGCGAUAGACGGCCUAUCAGAAGGGCGAGCUUACAUACUGAUGCUUAAGGGGAAAACUUUGAAUGUAUCAGCAGACUAUAAUGCCCAGUCUGAAGAAUUGCUCUCCAAAGCUGUCAAGCUGGACCCGGAACUGGUGGAGGCUUGGAAUCAGUUAGGCGAGGUUUACUGGAAAAAGGGUGAUGUCUCUGCUGCCCAUACCUGCUUCUCUGGAGCGCUCAGCCAUUGUAAGAACAAAGUCUCCUUGCAGAAUCUCUCCAUGGUGUUACGGCAGCUGCGCACCAGUUCUACUGAUGAACACGCACAAAAUGUGAUGGACAGUGUGCGGCAAGCCAAACUGGCUGUGCAGAUGGACGUGCGUGAUGGACGCUCUUGGUAUGUCCUGGGUAAUGCCUACCUCUCCUUGUUCUUCAAUACAGGGCAGAACCCCAAGAUCUCCCAGCAAGCACUGAGUGCCUAUGCUCAAGCAGAAAAGGUGGACCCCAUUGCUUCUUGUAACCCAGAUUUGCAUCUCAAUCGAGCCACGCUUUCUAAGUAUGAAGAAAAUUACAUGGAAGCCCUGGAGGGUUUUGCACGGGCUGCAGCCCUUGAUCCAGCCUGGCUGGAACCUCAACAACGAGAGCAGCAACUCAUGGAUUUCCUUGAGAGACUAACCAGACUCCUUGAAAACAAGGGCAAGGUGAAAGGCAAGAAGCUGCAAAGCAUGUUGGGAAGCCUGCGUACCUCCCAUCUGGGUCCUUGUGGUGAUGGGCAUUAUCAAGGGCCCUCAGGUCAGAAGGUAGAACUAAAGCGACAAUCCCUCAGUGCCUUGCAGCCUGGUGUUAACACUGGUACUGUGAUAUUGGGGAAGGUGCUAUUCAGCCUAACCACGGAGGAAAAGGUGCCCUUCACUUUUGGAUUGAUUGACUCUCUCGAGGGCCCUUGUUUUGCUGUUACUGUUUACAACAUGGUACAAAGCUGGGGGGUCCUUAUUGGGGACUCAGUGGCCAUCCCUGAACCUCAUCUUCGGCACCAUCACAUCCAGCACCAGAACAAAAGUUUUACUUUCUCUGGCAUCCGUGUUGAAACUCCUCUGCUUCUGGUGGUGAAUGGCAAAGUGCAAGGAUCCCAGAACCAGGCUGCUGCUACCAUUGCAUACCAGGCACAAAGUGAAUGAGGGGGGACAAAAGGGCAAGAUGGGGAUAACCCCCCUGUCAGCUACCUCUCAGAGUAGUUUUUCAGUUGUUUAGAGAGAGGUUGGACUGAUUUGUAAAAUAUAUUCAGCCAUUAAGUGAAGGAGUGAGAGAAAAGAGACUGCAGAAUGUUUGCUCAAACUGGGUGCUUAAUCCCCACCCCUCUUGUUUUUCCUCCCAAGUUUCUCUUCCACAGACCCUGGUUUCUGUGUUAUCUUCUAUUGUACUAAAAUGAGCAUCUCCAGAAAAUCAGGGGCUGCUCAUUUUGUUCCCUGUCUCUUUCAUUUUCUCCCCCUCUUGGGAGUCCUCCUUUCAUCUUCACUCUUGCUUUGCUUCCAUUGCAUUUAAGUUUGGGUAGCCAGUCACCUUAGGUUCUGCCUUUUGUAGAUUCCAUUCAUCCGGAUCAGACUCAGUUAUUUCUGCAGUCUGUUACUGAAGUCAGAGGGACUUAGGUUACCCUGACUACGCUAAAUCCCACUGACUUGGGAGUGAGUAUGAUCAAGUCUACAUCCAACUCAUUAUUUCUGUGUAUAUAUAAGAGAUACUUCCUGUAUUUAUUUGAUAUUAUUUUGAGAUUGUUUUUGUAAUUUUUGUAUACUUUUCCCCCAGACUCCUGAUCUUUUCCCUUCCAAUCCAAUAAAAUGUGUUCUUU